AAGCCUAGGCCUUGCCAGCUUCGCCAGAAGCUCCCUUUCUGUCCCCACCAAAACUGAGACCUCGGAGCAAUCCGCAGAGAGAAGGGAAAGAGUCCCGCGUGUUCACAUCGAUCGUGUUUUUGUUUUGUUGCCUUCUCUCGUAAGCAAACGCCUUCGGUUCUAUUUCUUGGAAGUACUCGUCUCGUCCAUAAGCCUAAACCGUUGGUAUUAUAGUGGAGCAGGGUCUGAUUGUGAUCUCGAAGGAUUGGAUCAUGUCGAUGCUCGAUUCCUUCUUCAACAAGGGCUUCAAAGCUGCCAAAUGUAAAACGCUGCUUAAACUGACGAUUCCGCGGAUAAAGCUGCUGAGGAAUAGGAGAGAGCUUCAGAUAAAGCAGAUGCGUCGAGACAUUGCCAAGCUUCUUGAGACGGGUCAAGAAGCCACCGCUCGCAUUCGGGUCGAGCAUAUUGUUAGGGAAGAGAAUAUGAUGGCUGCUCAGGAGAUCAUUGAGCUGUUCUGUGAACUUAUUGUUGUCCGCCUUCCGAUUAUUGAAACUCAAAGGGAAUGUCCUCUUGAUUUGAAGGAGGCAAUAUCCAGUGUGUGCUUUGCAGCACCAAGAUGUGCAGAUCUACAAGAGUUGCUGCAUGUUCAAUUGCUAUUUGCGUCCAAAUAUGGAAAGGAAUUUGUAUCAGCUGCAACAGAGCUCAUGCCAGAUUGUGGUGUUAAUCGCCAGUUAAUAGAACUUUUAUCAGUUCGCGCUCCUUCACCUGAAAAGAAAUUAAAGCUUCUGAAAGAAAUAGCUGAGGAGCAUGGGUUAGAUUGGGAUCCAACAGCCUCUGAAGUGGAGUUUUUCAAACCUCAGGAUGAUUUGUUGAAUGGUCCAACACAGUUUGAUAGAGAAUCUAAAUUGCCCCUUCCAAGAGAAAAACAUGAUGAAACAUUGUUUUCUGCCUCUGAACAACCCCACAAAGAACAGCCAGAUUCUGAUCCUGGCGUUGAUUCAUUUGAUCUUCCUGAAGUUCCUAAAGAAUCACUAUGGCCAAAUGCAAAUGUUGCUUCAGUUCCAGUGAUGGUCUCAUCUCUACAAGCUGCUCCACACCCUAAUAUUGAUCAUGAGUCAUCAAAGCAUUCUAGGGUCAUUGAAAAUCCAUCAGAGCAGCCAGAGUUGGAACCUGAGAAAAUGGUGCAAGAAAGAUCUGCUGCUAUAAAAAAUGAACAGCCUAGUGUUCCAGUUGGUGGUGUGCAAGAUAUACAAUUCGUGCCUUUUAUUUCUCCUUCAUCGCUAUCUUCUGCAUCAUUUUCUGCGGCACCAAGUAAAUCAGAAACCUCUCCCUCAAGAUCAAAAAGUGAGGCUAAUGUGGAUUUGCAGGAUGUCGUAACUGCUGCUCGGGCUGCUGUAGAAACUGCUGAACGUGCAGCUGCUGCAGCUCGCUCUGCAGCUAGUCUUGCACAGCUCAGAAUUAAUGAGCUCACUAGGAAAAAUAGUGAUCAAUUCCCUGAAAAUAGCUCCGAGAAUCCAUUUUACAAGGAUGUGGCUAACCAGUCAGCUACCGAAGAAAAUCCACAUUUUGAUCAUCGAAACUUGGUUGGCAAUGCAGAUGAUGUUAUAGAUUCUCCAGAACCUAAUCAAGACCUUGAAGACUGCCAGAGAACAGAGGCCUCAAGUCUUCCUGCAUUUGGCACGCCCAAAAUGGAUUUUGAUUCCUCUCCUCCCAUUGAUCAGGGUUGUGGAAAUGAACUUGCUUCUCACCAGCCCCAGAGAUUGACUUCAAUGGAUGAAGAUCCAUACUUCUCAUACCCAAAUUUGUUUACAUCGCAGAAUCCUGCUGCACAUUCUUCCACAGACAAUUCCCGAUUCUCCAAUGAGCUCUAAGUUGAAUUUUAUCUACCUAUAGGCCUUUGCUCAGCUUUGUUGCAACGUCGUGCUGGAAAGUCAAUGUUACAUAUUGGCUUAUGGUUUUCAUUCUAUUAUUAUUUAUUGUAAAAAGUGCAGUUAUUAGGUAUUAGAAGUGUGUAAUUUGCUUCAAAUCUCUUUAUCCAUGAACGAGAAGCAUCAACAGUAUUAAACUCUGCUUUUGUAGUUGAGAAGCCAUCCUUGAUGGCUGAUGCUACAGUUUGUUGAGUGUACAAACAUGUAUUGCUUUUGUUUGUUUAUGUGAACAAGCAUUUAUUGCCA